UCAAACCCUAACGAGAAAAAUCGGAAUCAACUGAACUACUGAAGCAAGAAAAAGCGCGAGCAGAGCAUCGAAUUUGGAAGAGGAGACGAGGACAAGAAUGCGACCGUUAGAGACUUUGCCUCCAACGGAAACCCUAGAAAUCGAAGGCGGGCUUGCACUGGUUCCGCGCGUGAAGCUGAUUCUCACGAUCUACCCCUCGGUCUCCUCUGUUUCGAAGCCCAUCGACGAGUGGCAGUUAAAACGAGCUCUCAUUAAUUUCCUCAAGACUUCUCUCUCUGUCCCUGUCAUCGUUCCAGAGGAGGACCUCGAAAUCAGACGGGUCAAGGACCUCAAGAAGCGCAAGCGUGAGGACCCCGUUGCGCACGGGACUCUCUACAUACGGGACCUAGGGUUUCUCGGUGGCACAGAGAAGAAGAGCGGAGAGAAUGGUGAUAGUAAUAGUGAUGAUAUUAAGGUUUUGGAGAAGAAGUUUUUUGAUUGGAGAAGAUACGUUGUUGAGAAAAUAGAUGGCAUCGAGCUUAAUCUCGAGGGAGUGAAGUACAGACUGAAUGUGGCUGUUCCUGUACAUGAUGAUUUCGAGAGUAUGAGGAAAGAAUGGGAGGAGUUUUAUGCUUUUGGCAAUCAUGGAUAUUCAAGAGGAGGGAGGCAAGAGCCUGAUACACUUAUAAUGAGAGGCGUUCCUUCGAGGUGGUUUGCAGAGCCGAGAGUGUCGUCAAAGCCUUCCAUGUUGGUUACCCAUACCAUUUUUUCGACCUUUGGGAAGAUAAGGAAUCUUAAUGUUGCUGAGGACGAUAAUCUAGGUAAAAAUGCACACAAGGAGGAUGUGGACCUGGUGCCUGGACUCCAUUGUAAGAUUGUCGUUCAGUUUGAGAGAUACAGAGAUUUCUACAAUACUCUUAAAGUGUUAUGUGGGCGCUCGUUGCAAAAGGUGAUUGUCAAUACAGAUUUUGAAGGAGCAUUGGUGACCAUAUCUUUGUAACUUCCAAUAUUAAUUCCUCAUUAGAUGAAAGAUAUGUUGUGGAAUCGAUAAUAAGCUUUCUGGCUAAGCAUUUGGAUCUUUAAUAGUGGUGGGUAAUAUGUAACCUACAAUUAGAAGCUCGGCUGAAGCAUUUAGAAGGUGGGUUGUUUUCUACUUUGGAUUUUCAUACAUUCAUUGUUGCUAUUUGGUUUGCUGUGCCUGACAGAGCAUAGCACAAAUUUAUCCUUGCUCCUCUUAGACUAUCUGUGGGCCUUUCAUUCAGUCAUCCUUUUCUUUGUUAAAUUGAAAUUUAGUAAUCUUUUUGAUGUAUAAAUUCUUAUUUUUAUGAGUUUGCAUCUAUUCAUUAGUUUCCUCCAGAAUGAUACAGUGAUAUUGAUGAAUGUAUAUUAGGGCUACUAGCUAUCAAAAUACAGUG